CACUGUUUCUUGAGAUUUGACGUAAAUCUAUUUACCCGGUUUUUAAGCAAAACAAAAUGGCUGCCCCCAUGAUUGGAGGCAUGUUAUGGUAUUUGUACUGCUGUCGUGUUUCUUUUGACAGCGAAUUCGAUCUCCAUCAAGAAGAAUCCACCUGAUUAAGCAAAAGAAAGCUGAAAAUGGCUGCCUCAUUGAACAAAGGAACCACUUCUUUUAUUAAGCGUCUGUAUUCCUCAUUAUGUUGGCAAGGAAGACAAAGUCCAAAGAGAAGCUGUACAAAACAGAACAAUCUUUGUUCAAGAAAAUAUUCCAUCUGUUCCAUCAAUGGCAAUAUGUCAUUUUGUCAAUAUCGGGCAAUAUGUCAAGUGAAACAUGUACUCUCUGUGCCAUCUGACGGAAUGGUAUAUACUGACAAGAAUAAUUUGCACUGCUUUGGACCAAACUACGUAGAUCAAGUUCUUGCAAGGCAUUACCAUGCACUUACUCGAGAUGUACAGCAGUUGUCAACUAAGUGUAUUUUAGAUGAAAGUGUUGAAAACAUUGUAAGCCACAAGAGGAAAUAUGCAUCAAAAAGAGACAGAUUCAGCAUUAACUCUAACCACCUCUACUGACGACUAUCUUGCUAGUUUAGAUAAUGAGUAUGACAAACUGACGUCUGCUCUUGCCAGCCAAGAUGUCCAGUCUUCUAAGGACAAGAAUCUACGUCUGCAGGAGUUGUCGCCUGUUGUGUCAGUAUUCAGGGACAUUCAACAGAAGUAUUCAGAGGUGACAGAACUGGAUAGCUUGUUAUCAGGGUCUGAUGAUACCGAGAUGGUUGCCAUGGCAACAAGAGAGAAGCAUGAGCUUCUUGAAGAUAUUAAGGAUAAGGAGAAUGGGCUUCUUUUGAUGUUGGCUGGCGAAUCAAGUGUGGACAAAAACGACAUCAUACUGGAGGUGUCAGCUGGGGUCGGGGGUCAGGAAGCCAUGUUGUUCACCGGCGAGAUGUUCAGCAUGUAUGAGAACUAUGCACAAUUCAAGGGCUGGGCCUUCCAAAUAAUCGACUAUGAACGCAGUGAAAUAGGGGGUUUGAGACGAGCCUCUGCUGCCAUAGAGGGGACGGAUGUAUUCAAAUACCUGAAGUUUGAGGGCGGCGUACACCGGGUUCAGAGAGUCCCACGGACCGAAAAGUCUGGCAGAGUCCACACCAGCACCAUGACCGUCGCCAUAUUGCCACAACCUGAUGAGAUCGAUGUUGUGAUCCAUGCAAAGGACCUUCAUGUGGAGACAUUCCGUGCGAGUGGAAGCGGGGGCCAGCACGUGAACAACACUGACAGCGCUGUCCGCAUCACGCACACUCCAACCAAAACUGUUGCUGAAUGUCAAUCUGAGAGGUCACAGAUUCGAAACCGAGAGAUUGCAUUGCAGCUCAUUAGGUCAAGAAUAUACCAGCAGCAGCUGACAGCCCAGAUGGCGGAGACCAAUGCUUCCAGGAAGCUGCAGAUCGGUACCGGUGGACGGUCCGAGAAGAUCCGCACCUAUAACUUCCCACAGGACAGAGUGACUGACCACAGACUCGGGGAGAACUGCCACAACAUUGACGUCUUCCUCAGCGGAGGCGAGGACCUUGAUGAUGUCAUUGUCAGUCUUAUGUGGGACAACAAGCAUCAGAUUCUUGAUGUCAUUCUGGAGGAUUUCGAUAAGAAACGAAAAAAGACCAAUAAAGUAAAGAUUACAUAGAUUCUCAUGAAGUCGA